GCAUCAGUCGUUCAGUUGAAGCAUUAGAAUUAUGGACAAAUUUACACUUUCGGUGUUAACUCUACAGAUUUUAUUUUUGGCGGGGUUUACAACCGCUCAACCAAACCCUGUCUGUUCGAAAAUACCGACGUUGGAUGGUUUACUUGGAAAUAGUACAUGUUGUUCCUUCCCAAUGUUACUGGACGCAAAAAUAAUGAAUCAAUGCUGGAAUGAGCAAAAGAAUUCAACUGACACAGACACGACCAAACACUGCAAAUCCUUGGAAUGCUUUUUCAAGAAAAGCAACGCUCUGAAAGCAGAUAAUUCUCUGGAUCGAGCUGUAAUUGAGACGUACUUAACAACCCAUCUGAAGGAUAAUGCAGAAUGGCUACCGUCGAUAAAGCAGAUCGCGCUGGACAACUGUCUGGUGAGUAUUGAGAAGGACUACAGCAAAAUGAUGGAUUUCUUCAAGACGAACAAAAUGGAACUACCCGAGCCGGGAAAGUGUUCCAUGAAACCGAUGCUGAUGAGUAUUUGUGUCAUGGCGAAGGGAUUUGCGGGCUGUCCGGCGAAGCAUUGGAACAAAGGUCCAAACUGUGACGAUUGGAAAAAGUAUCUAGCAAGUUGUACGGAUACCAUCGAAAACACACUGGAGUUCUACAAGCAGCUCGACAAAGCCCAAUGAUUACCAUCUACAGUACAGAGAGCACCUUUAUCGUUUAUACUGUAGGUAGUUGGAAAGCAAAUGAAUUUGGUUGGCAUAAUCAGAAGUUUUUUAGACAUACGUGAAGAGCACCCUGAUUUUCAAACAACAUUCAUAUCAAGUAAUUCAAUCAGUUUUGAAUAGAUCUAUUAAGGGGUUGCAUACCAUUUUAUUUUUCGAAAAAUUGAUUUUUUUAUUACUUUAUCUGAAAGUACAACUCCUUAAGAAUAUUUUCCUAAAUUUUUAUAGAGAUCCAAGAAAAAAUUCGCCUACCAAACUACUGCCACCAAACCACUUUUUCCCUUUUUUAUUUCGACUAUGUUAGUCACAUUUUCUUUUUUUUACAUUUUAACGACAUUCAAUUAGCUAGAGAUUACUGGGUAGGGAAAGUUAUGAAACUUAGAGCCAUAGUACUCAAGUGAGAGCAAGGAUAUGAAGUAAACAGAUCGGAAAACUAAAAGUGGCAGGGUCAUUAGAACAGGCUUAAUAUCGUACGGGCUUAAUCUUUGUCUUCUGUUAAUGAGGGUCGAGCUUAGGCAGAAUAACUACGAAUCACCCGAGUUCACUAACAUGUGUCCUGAUAAAGGUAGACGUAUCUAUCUUUACCGUGACAACCGACAAAAAUUAAGCCACGCAAGAUCACCACUGAAAUUUUAAACUCGAUAUUCUCGAAAUGUCGAUUUUCCAAAAAUAGUUUUUCCGUGAUCACGGUUACCGAUUUCCUUCAAUUUUUUUUUUCAAUGAAUCGUUUAAUUAAUUUUUCUCUUACCUUUAGGAUUCCAUUUUUAUACAUACAUUUUUGUUUUGUGGGUGAUAUUUUUUAAUACAAUUUUUAGAGCUUAAAACAGCGAUUUUUAGGAAAGACCCGAAUGCAGGAAAAAAUUAAUUUUUCAUUCAACUAAUCGUUAACGUACGAGGAAUACCCAUAUUCUAAUGGAUUUUUUUGAGUUUUGGGAUUUCGGUUGAUGUAUUGGUCUUCAAUCGUUAACACUGCAAACCUCUUAAAUAAACAAGGGUAUAGGGGAAAAAACCAAAACUCCUCCAAUUAUCAAUAUAUUUUUAAAACUUAUGCUUGUUUCUUUCACUGAAAAAUCUACUACCAAAAUAAUAUA